AAAAUGCCCAAUUUAUCAGGUGGUUUCAGGCUUCAGUUUGUUUUUCUUCUAUCGGAGGCGAAGAAGAGUAAGAAUCCCCAGUCGUCUUAGCUGCUGUCAGUACCACACCAAUGGCUGCGAUCUUAGCUCGCAAGUCUCUCUCCGCGCUUCGUGCUCGUCAGCUUGCUGUAUCUGGACAAGCAUUGCAGGGCUCACACCAAUAUGCACUGCGUUCUAGUGCGCAUUUAUAUUCCACCAAAAAAGAUGAUGAAGAAAGAGAACAGCUUGCAAAGGAGAUUUCCAAGGAUUGGAAUUCUGUUUUUGAGAGAAGCAUAAACACACUAUUUCUUACUGAAAUGGUUCGCGGUUUGAUGUUAACACUCAAGUAUUUCUUUGAAAAAAAAGUGACUAUUAAUUACCCAUUUGAGAAGGGUCCUUUGAGCCCCCGGUUUCGUGGUGAGCACGCCCUCCGACGAUAUCCAACAGGAGAGGAACGUUGCAUUGCCUGCAAACUCUGUGAAGCUAUAUGUCCUGCACAGGCGAUAACAAUAGAGGCUGAGGAACGUGAAGAUGGAAGCCGUAGGACAACUAGGUAUGAUAUUGACAUGACAAAAUGCAUCUAUUGUGGAUUUUGCCAGGAGGCAUGCCCUGUUGAUGCAAUUGUUGAGGGGCCCAACUUUGAAUUUGCAACAGAGACUCAUGAGGAGCUUCUGUAUGACAAGGAGAAGCUACUUGACAAUGGGGACCGUUGGGAGACUGAGAUUGCAGAGAACCUGAGAUCGGAGAGUCUCUAUCGUUGAGGUUUUCUUGCUCGUUGAUACUAAAAUUUUUCACAAGAAAAUAAAAGAUCUGUAUAUGGUCUUGAAUACUCGUAUUGAAAAUUUUUGUGAUUCAGUAUUUUUUUUUUUUUUUAAUUUGCUGUUCCUGCUACAUUUUAAAGAACUUCAGUUACAAGAUCAAUGUUUCUGUUUGAAGAAUUUCUAGAAUUGUAGUUUGAUGAUAAUGCACAUGUAGCUGCAGUCCUGUUUGGACCUGAUUGUUGGUCAAUGGGCUUUGGUCCUUUGCAAAAUUGAGUGAGUCAAUAUUUUUCUUAGAAUUUUUGUACAUUGGAAUUAGGAGAUGAAGUGUCGAUCCUAAGACUGUUUUUAACUUUGUAUCAUCAAUAUUAUAGUUAAUAAAAAUUCACAAUGAUUAUCAAAACAA